GUAGGAGGCGGCGGAGAAGUUGUGACAGCCUUUUUGAUUUGCUUCGAACGUGGGCAUGCGCCAGUCUCAGAUGUUUGCAUCAGGCCAAAGCUUUACCAGCUGACACUGCAGAGAUCUUCUGCAAUCACGCAUGCCAUCUACGGAAAUUUCUCGGCACCGAAGGCGCAGGAGAUUGUGUGCUCCCGCUACAAGACGCUGGAGCUGCUAAGGCCCGACGAUUCCGGAAAAGUGCAGAGCAUCCUGUCCGUGGAGAUUUUCGGUGUCAUCCGAGCACUGCAUCCUUUCAGACUGACUGGAGCCAGUCGGGAUUACAUAGUUGUGGCUUCGGACUCGGGCAGAAUAGUCAUCCUGGAGUACGAUGGUACGAAAAACAUGUUCGAGAAAGUGCAUCAAGAGACCUUCGGCAAAACCGGUUGCCGGAGAAUCGUGCCGGGUCAAUAUCUCGCAGUUGACCCCAAGGGUCGAGCCGUGAUGAUCGGCGCGAUUGAGAAGCAAAAGUUUGUCUACAUUCUGAACAGGGACUCUGCAGCGCGAUUGACAAUUUCGUCGCCGCUUGAAGCGCACAAGAGUUACACAUUGGUGUAUGCAAUGGUUGGCAUGGAUGUGGGAUUUGAGAACCCUCUCUUCGCCAGCAUAGAACUCAGCUACGAGGAGGUGGACAAGGAUCCGCAGGCAGAGCCCCCACAGAAGAUGCUGACACUCUACGAGAUGGACCUGGGCCUAAACCACGUGACUCGAAAGUUUGCAGAUGCAGUGGACCAUAGUGCUCAUGCCUUGAUCGCCGUCCCGGGGGGUGUCGAUGGGCCGAGUGGGGUCCUGGUCUGUUGUGAAAAUUGCCUCGUGUACAAGAAGCAGGGCCACCCCGAUGUCGUGUGCGCGAUUCCAAGACGUCUUGAGAUGGCCCAGGAGAAAGGCUUGCUCAUCGUGGCACAUGCGACACACAAGCUGAAGGACUUCUUCUUUUUCCUCAUCCAAAGUGAGUACGGGGACCUGUACAAGGUGACUCUGACUCACGAUGAGGACCUUGUGUCGGAGGUUCAGGUCAAGUACUUUGACACCGUGCCGCUUUCGAACGCUCUCUGUGUUCUCAAGACCGGGUUCCUCUUUGCUGCGGCAGAGUUUGGCAAUCACGCACUGUAUCAGUUUCAGGGGAUCGGAACGGAUGAAGAGGAUCCCAUGUGCACAUCCUCCCAUCCGCACGGAGCACAGGCCCUUGUGGCAUUCAAGCCUCGAACGCUCAAGAACCUCAUGCUUUAUGACGAGAUGCCGUCGCUGUCUCCGAUCAUCGACAUGAAGGUUCUAGAUGCCACAGGUGAAGGAAAGCCGCAGCUGUACGCCAUGUGUGGUCGCGGUCCGCGAGCCUCCUUGCGGGUUCUUCGACACGGCUUGGCGGUGACGGAGAUGGCUGUCAGUGAACUGCCAGGAAAGCCCAAUGCAGUAUGGACGGUGAAGGCCACCAUGGACAGUGAGUACGACCGCUACAUUGUGGUGUCCUUCGUAGAUGUCACUCUCGUGCUUUCCAUUGGCGACACAGUUGAGGAGGUGCUGGACAGUGGAUUUCUGGCCACCGCCCCUUCCUUGCUCAUCCAGUUGAUGGCAGAUGACUCUUACGUACAGGUACACCCUACAGGCAUCCGCCACUUGCUUCCGCGGAGAACGAAUGAGUGGAGGGUGCCUGGACAGAAGCGAAUUGUAACAGCAGCUGCGAACGAACGACAGGUUGUUAUUGCCUUGUCUGGCGGAGAGAUUCUUUAUUUCGAGAUUGACGAGAGCCACACUCUGAACGAGGUGGCGAAGCGUGACAUGAACUACGAGGUCUUGUGUAUUGCGGUGCAGCCAGUUCCAGAGAACCGGCAGCGAGCGUCGUUCAUGGCCGUGGGAGGACUUGCUUUGUUGCCGAUGCCUCUUCGCUUCUUGCACCAGCGCGGCAAUGGUGAGAAUUUGCAAAGCAUCUUGCCACAACCGACGGCUGGAUCCAGGGUUCCAUGGGAAGAGAGGUUUCUGGAGACAGACGGCUGGGAAGGCUACGAGGACGUGGCCGCAAGUGACUCGGACCCGAAGUGGUGGCAUGUACCUGACGAGAAGAUCGCCGAACUCAUUCAGGGACGCACCCGAGAGGUCCGACGGCGAUCUAGCGCGCCUGUGCCCGCCCUUCCUUCGCCGAGCCAGGAACCUGCCGGGCCCCUCACGGAGGGGACAAAGGGUGCGGAAGACUCGAAGGCCGCAUCCAAGCCUUGGAAGGUCUCAGACGAUGCGAUACUGAGACUUAUCCAAGACACGGAAGCGAGGCAGUCCUCGGCCCUUUCGAAGACUGGGGCGGAGCUGUUGAGUAUGCCAUCCGUCGAACAAGUGCACAAGACUGUACCAAAGCCGCGUGUUGUCUGCAUUCGGGUGGCAUGGGUCGGAACCGGCGAAACGAUUGCUUUGCAUGUGCCGCUGGACCUGCCGAUCGACCCGCAGCCAGCCCAUCCAGGGCACGAAGAGUCCACGGAGCUUUCGCGAACUCGGAGGCCUGGCGCGAGCCGGGCUACCCGGGCCAGCUUGGCGCUUCAGCGGCUUCUUCCGGAAGCGAGCGCAGCGAGCGCAGCGAGCGCAGCGAAGGGGAGAAGCCUUGAGCCAGCCUGGCAUCGGCGGAGUAGAUCGCAGACCUCACUGAAAGGGAUGCUCGAGUCCAUCACAGGCAUUCCGCCCUCUCUACAGAGGCUGGUUCAUGACAAGCACCUCUGCAGAGCCGGCGCCACCUUGAAGGAGAUUGGUGUGGUGGACGGUGAUCAAAUCACCUUGGUAGUAGUCCCGCGGCUUCCCAACCAUGCCGAGUCAGAGGAGCUCGCGCACCGAGGUGAUUUCAGCAAAGGUGUCGUCAAAAGAAAGGCGGGCAGAAACUUCCACGUGGUUCAUCCCUGGAGGUGGGGUCAGGAUGCCAAGCCCAGCAAGGAGCCAAGUGGAUUUGUUUCGAGCGACAUUCAUCUUUCCAACGCGGGCGACAAGACUUUGUUCAAGCUCCGGGAAAAACUCGGAAUGUUUAGCUUCAGGGGUGUGGACAACACCAUCCGCAUCCUUUCUCUGGAGCGCGAGAGGCCGCUGAAGCAGCUGAGUGCCCAGGCACUGCAGUCACCUGCUGAAAGCGUUUGCCUCCUGGAGAUGAAGAACCUGGGACAGGCAGAGGAUGUUCACAGCCUGUUCCUGAGUAUUGGUUUGAGCAGCGGCAUCCUCAUCCGCUCGGUGGUCGACUUUGUCACCGGUACGUUGAGCGAUCAGCGCUCCCGAUUUCUGGGUGCCAAAGCGGUGCGACUUCACAAGGUCUCCGUCCAGGGAAUGCCGUCAAUGCUUGCUUUAAGCACGAAGCCCUGGCUCUCCUACAACUUCCAGGGCAAGAACCACUGCACGCCGAUGAGCUACGAGCAGUUGGAGUUCGCCUCCUCCUUCGCCUCCGAGCAGUGCCCGGAAGGUUUUGUGGCGAUCUCUGGCAACACGCUGCGCAUUCUGGCGUGCGAGAGAUUGGGAGAACUGUUCAACCAGACAGUCAUGAACUUGUCCUACACUCCUCGGCGCUUUGUGCCGCUCCCUCCCGCGGUUCUGCCGCCGCCUGGCCAGCCGACCACGGAUCCGAUCAUGUUGGCCAUUUUGGAGGCGGACCACAACGCAUACAACGAGGAGACGAAACGUGAGAUCCGGGCGGCGCUGAAGAAGAUUCGCCUGACAAAGACAGUCGAUGACGAGCUGGAUGAUGUCAAGGACGAGGAUGACGAGGAGGAUCUCCCAGAGCAGCAGGUUGGAACCUUCAAAGCUGGCGAAGGGAAGUGGGGAUCCUGUGUGCGCAUCGUGAAUCCGUCAAACUUGCUCCCUGUUUUCAAGCUUGACUUGGAUAUCGAUGAGGCUGCGUUGUGCCUGACAGUUUGCUACUUCUCCCAGCUUGCAAACCAGCCUUGUCUCGUCGUCGGCACCGUUUACAACAUGACGUUGUACCCGAGGCAUGCACCCAAAGCCACCAUCAAGACGUACAUGUACGACGAGAGAUAUCAUCUGCAGCUUAUUCACUCUACGCCGCUUGAUGAUGUCCCGCUCUGCCUCUUCCCCUUCGAAGGCCGGCUGCUGGCCAGCGUUGGCAAGUGCCUGCGUAUCUACGAGCUCGGGAAGCGAAAGCUGUUGCGAAAGUGCGAGUACAAGAACAUCCCCGAGGGCCUGAUGUGGAUGCACGUGAAGGGUGACAAGAUUUUCACAGCAGACCUUCGCGAGUCCUUCCACAUCUUCAAGUACCGUCGUUCAGACAAUCAGCUUUUCGUGCUUUCGGAUGAUCAAGCUCCAAGAUGGACGACUUGUGCGACCGUCCUGGACAGCAUGACCAUGGCAGGUGCGGACAAGUUUGACAACUUCUUCAUCAGCAGAAUACCAGACGAGGCCAAAGGGGAUGAAGGUGGUGAUCACACCGGCCUGCGGUUGAAGGCCGACACUGCCUACCUCACCGGUGCCACGCCGAAGCUGGAUAGCAUCGUGCAGUUCCACGUUGGUGACACGGUCACGGCGCUGGAGAAGACAACCCUGGCACAGGGAGGAAGCGAGCUGAUCUGCUACUCCACCCUCUUAGGCGCUAUUGGAGCCUUCUAUCCUUUCGCAGGGAAGGAUGAGUUGGACUUCUUCCAGCACCUGGAGAUGUUCGUGCGGGCGGAGAAGCCUCCCCUGUGUGGCAGGGAUCACAUAAUGUACCGCUCCUACCACUUCCCAGUGCAGAGCUGCGUUGACGGCGACCUCUGUGAGCAGUUCAUGACCCUCACCGCCGAGAAGCAAAGGCUAAUUGCAAGUGAGUUGGACCGCACGCCGGCAGAGAUUAUCAAGAAGUUGGAGGAUAUGCGAAAUCGGCUGAUCUGA